AUGAUGAAGGAGACAAGUUUUGGUUCUGGCUGGGAUUUUGGGGUCUUGAUAGCCAGAAGAAUCAGGGACUUUAAUAGAUUUUCCUUUCCCUUGUACGAACGCCCUUUCAAAGAAACAAGAAGGAUAUCAUACAAGUCGCCAAGAUACUGGCCGAGCGAGUUGAGCUCGUUGCCAAGCCGGUCCACGAUCUCAAUGAUGGACAGCGCAAUGCUCUGCCGAAUCUGGAAGUUGGUGGAGUCGAUAUGGGUUCUGAUCAGACCAAUGAUCUCUUUCAGAUACAGUUUCACCGGACCGCUUCCGCCAGAAGUGGAAUCUUCCCAUUCCUUGCUGAACGCAGAGCCAACCUCUUUGACCGGGUCGUGUUUUCCAAUGAAGGCCAGUGGCAGGAAAUUCACCGCAACAGAUUGGAACUUGUCGGUGGAGUAUCUUGAGAUGGACUCGGACGUGUUGGCCGCAAGAAUACGCAAUCUCUCGUUGUCUCCAGCCUCGAAGUAG